AUGGCAGACUUUAUUCACAGUACAUUGGACAAUGCUGGACCCAAUGGAGUUGUACUCUUCAGCAAAUCCUAUUGUCCCUUUUGCUCCAGGGUUAAGAAGGACCUUCAAUCUAUUGGAAUUGUUCCGGUCGUUGUGGAAUUGGAUCAGCGAGAAGAUGGCGGAGAAAUUCAAGCUGCCCUGAUCGAAAUGACUGGACAACCCACAGUGCCUUCGACGUGGGCCUGCGGAAGAUACAUCGGAGACAGCGACGACCUUCACGAUCAAAUACACGUGGGGCUGUUCGACGUAUUACCCAUGCUCAAAGGCGACAAGCACGCCGAAAAGGCUGGAAUCAAGCCAUGUGGGCACCAAGAUGGUUCACCAUGCUUGUCUGGUGUUCACUUAAAGUAG